GCCUCCCGCCGUCACAUGGGCACAAGGUGCCCCGGCAGGACUUUGUCCCGCUCCACCUUGGCUGCCGCACGCGUGCCGAGGCUGCCACUCCCCGCGGAGGGGACACGCGCAGGGGGGAGACGCCGGCGUCAGAGUGACACAGAGGGAGCCGUGACCUCGCAGGGCCAGCUGGCCGCAGCCCGCCGGAGCCCAGCCGCAGGAACGGGGUGCGGGGACAUGACUGGGGACAUGCGGGCCCUGCUGUGCCUCUGGCUGGUGGCCCAGGUGGCCCAGGUGGCCCUGUCCUCCCGGGUCCGCACCCGCCGGGAGCUGAGCCCCGGUUUGUACCAGCACGGGGUCUACGACGCCGGGGGCUCCUACUGCCAGCGGGGGGACGUGUGCUGCCACGGCCGCGACGACGGCUGCACCGUGCCCUACCACGACACCCUCUGCUACUGCGACCUCUUCUGCAACCGCACCGUCUCCGACUGCUGCCCCGAUUUCUGGGAAUACUGCCUGGGCAUCCCGGCCCCCUUCCCCAAAGCCGCAGGCUGUUCCCGUGCCGGACGCAAUUAUCCCACAGGAGCCACGUACCGGGAGAACUGCAACCUGUGCACCUGCGGGCCCGGCGGGCAGUGGCAGUGCGAGGACCACGCCUGCCUGAUGGACGGGGAGCUGAUCGACGCCGUCAACAGAGGCAAUUUCGGCUGGAGAGCCGCCAACUACAGCCAGUUCUGGGGGAUGACCCUGGAGGACGGGAUCCGCCACCGCCUGGGCACCUUCCGUCCCUCUCCCACCGUCAUGAACAUGAACGAGAUGCACAUGAACAUGGACACCAACGAGGUGCUGCCCCGUCACUUCGAUGCCGCCGCCAAGUGGCCGGGGAUGAUCCACGAGCCCCUGGACCAGGGGAACUGCGCCGGCUCCUGGGCCUUCUCCACAGCUGGUGGGCACUGGGGGCUGCCAGGGCACGGUGGACAGGUGGUGACAGACGAGUGCUACCCGUUCACGAGCCAGCAGAGCCAGCCCGCGGCUCCGCCGUGCAUGAUGCACAGCCGCUCCACGGGCCGGGGCAAGCGACAGGCGACAGCGCGGUGCCCCAACCCCCAGACCCAUUCCAACGAGAUCUACCAGUCCACCCCCGCCUACCGCCUCUCCUCCAGCGAGAAGGAGAUCAUGAAGGAGCUGCUGGAGAACGGCCCCGUGCAAGGUAAGGAGCUGGCGGGGGCUCCUCUCUGUGCACCCCAAAAAGUCGGGGGAACAAAGUGGAGGGGAAAAACCGCUCUGUCUCCGGGCUGGGCGAGCUGUCGUGGGGGCCAGAACCCCCUCAACUGCUCCCUCUGCGUGCCCGGGCAGCGCUGCCCCAGUGCCCGUCACGCUGCCCGCCCCAGCGGGGGCUGGAAGUUUGGGGUUGGGAUGGGGAUGGGAGCGGGGUUUGGGAUGAGGAUGCAGCCGGGUGGUCCUUCCCCUCCUCCAUCGCUGUCCCUGCGCAGGGUGGUGACAGACGAGUGCUACCCGUUCACGAGCCAGCAGAGCCAGCCCGCGGCUCCGCCGUGCAUGAUGCACAGCCGCUCCACGGGCCGGGGCAAGCGACAGGCGACAGCGCGGUGCCCCAACCCCCAGACCCAUUCCAACGAGAUCUACCAGUCCACCCCCGCCUACCGCCUCUCCUCCAGCGAGAAGGAGAUCAUGAAGGAGCUGCUGGAGAACGGCCCCGUGCAAGCCAUCCUGGAGGUGCACGAGGAUUUCUUCAUGUACAAGAGCGGGAUCUAUCGGCACACGCGGGUGGCCGAGGGGAAGGGGCCGAAGCACCAGAGACACGGGACCCACUCGGUCAAAAUCACGGGGUGGGGAGAGGAGCAGCUGCCUGAUGGCCAGACCCAAAAAUACUGGGUGAGUGUUCGGGGGCUGUACUUUUAA